GCUUUAUAAAGAAGUUAGUCUGGCAGAGCAGCAAGAAAAACUUACAUACAGAAUAUUAACAGAAUGGACAUAACAGUCAUGCAGCAGGGUGUUUGGGCUUUAUUGCUAUGGCCCUUUCUUCUUACUGUAAGCACUCCGUUAGACUGUAGAGAAGAUCAGGCCAGCCUCGCCCGUUGUCCUUCCAUCUCCCAAGAGAAACUUUUAGACCGAGUCAUCCACCAUGCUGAGCUCAUCUACCGUGUCUCUGAAGAAUCCUGUUCGUUGUUUGAGGAGAUGUUUAUUCCAAUCCCUUUGAGGCUACAGAGUAACCAAGGGAGUUAUGCAUGCAUCACCAAAGCCUUACCCAUCCCCAGCUCCAAAAAUGAAGUCCAACAAAUAUCUGACAAGUGGCUACUCCACUCGGUUCUGAUGCUGGUCCAGUCUUGGGUCGAGCCUUUGGUGUACCUGCAGAUGACGCUGGAUAAUUACGACCAUGCUCCCGACAUGCUCCUCAACAAGACAAAGUGGGUGUCAGAGAAACUCAUUAGUCUGGAGCAAGGAGUGGUGGUCCUCAUCAAGAAGAUGUUGGAUGAUGGGACGAUGACCACUGCCAACACUGACCAAGGUGUGUUCCAGUAUGAUGCUCAGCCAGAGAUACUGGAAUCUGUUAUGAGGGACUAUACCUUACUCAGCUGCUUCAAGAAAGAUGCCCAUAAGAUGGAGACUUUCCUAAAGUUACUUAAGUGUCGUCAAACUGACAAAUAUAACUGUGCAUAAAACAUAAACUGCAGUUUAUAAAUAAUACAGUGUUUAGCUUUAAAUAAAUUUCUGGGUUUGAAAGUGUGCACUUAGAGAUAUGACCAUGCCUUGGGCGCUUCAGCCUUGCUUGUAAUGCAGUACAUUUCUUAUUGAUUAUUUUGGUACACCUUCCCACAAAACUAAGUAGGUGUAAUGCUGUGCCAUUUCUUUAUUGUAUGGCAUUUUAGAUUUUUUUUUUCUCCAUCUUAUUUGUUAUUUUAACCUGGAAGAGGCAACAGAAGGCAAACUCCCAAAAGAUUAUUUGCAUGUCGAACUGUCAAAAAAAUCUGCAUAUUCUGCCAUUGAUUUCCAUUUCCUUUGUUCUUAACUAGAGUUUGUAUUCCUCUCUGGCUCUUGCGCUGUUUUGAUUAUUCCCAUGGCCCCUCGAGUAUUCAGCGAGCCUCCCUUGUUAAAUGGAGAUGGUUUCACUUUUGCAUAAGAAAAAUUUUGCACUUUUACAGAAGAAGGAAGUCUCAGGCAGCAAUCAGGAUAAAGAUAAAGAAACUGGUGAAAGAGAGGGCAAGAGACAGAGAUGAAAUAAACUAAAAUGAAAGUAAGGACAAGCACUCCAGUAAGUAUACAUUAAAAAAAAAAAAAAUCUUUAUUUGCUUAAACAAUUCAGGGAAUAAACUAACUAAAUUCCUCCUGCUAUAUGCUUGCAAUGUGUGCUUUUUGUCAUCUGCUUUUCAUUUUAGAAGCUAAUAAAGCAAGAAAUUAAACAAACA